GUCUCAGCUUGCCCCUUCGGGCGCCGCCUCUAGACUUCCAGUGCUGUCUCCAAGCGCCGACUGGAGCCUCAGCCGCCGCGGAGGAUGGAGCGCUUCUCGGGCCGCCGCGCUCUGGUGACGGGCGCAGGCAAAGGGAUCGGCAGGGCUGUGGCAGUACGGUUGACCCGCGCGGGGGCUCAGGUGGUGGCGGUGAGCCGGACCCAGGCGGAUCUCGAGAGCCUACAGAAAGAGUGCCCAGGUAUCCAGACGCUGUGUGUUGACCUCGGAGACUGGGAAGCUACAGAGGCCGCACUAAGCACAGUGGAAGAUGUUGAUCUGCUUGUGAAUAACGCUGCUGUAGCAGUUUUGCAGCCGUUCCUGGAAGUGACUAAGGAGGCCUUUGACAGAUCUUUCAGUGUCAAUCUUCGUGCUGUGCUGCAUGUCUCCCAGAUUUUUGCCCAGAAACUGAUUGCCAGAGGAGCACCAGGAGUCAUGGUGAAUGUCUCAAGCCAGGCUUCCCAACGGGCUGUGGUAGAUCACACUGUUUACUGUGCAACCAAGAGUGCCUUGGAUAUGCUGACGAAGUCAAUGGCUCUGGAAUUAGGUCCCCAUAAGAUUCGGGUAAAUUGUGUGAAUCCCACAGUUGUCAUGACAAACAUGGGACGCCUCAACUGGAGUGAUCCCCAGAAAGCUGGAUCUAUGCUUAGCCGCAUCCCACUGGGAAAAUUUGCAGAACUGGAUGAUGUGGUAAAUGGUAUUCUGUUCUUGUUGAGCGACCAAAGUAACAUGACCACUGGCGCCAUGCUGCCCAUUGAUGGAGGAUUCCUCUCCUGCUAGAAUACCGUGUUGGGUGAAUUCCUUGGGGAUGAAUAUCUACUCUGUGUGAUUUAUCCUGUUCAGUCAUUUUGAAAAUACUGGAGAAUCAUGAAAUGGAACAUAGUAGAAAGAAUUUAACUUCCAUUACUGCAAUCAGUGGGAAAAGAGACGAUGACACGUUCUUCCUUCAAUUGAUGCUUCUAAAACAACCACGCUACCUUACUUAUGGAGAAAUGUUUAUUGUAUAAAAUAAGAGGUGUUCAGCUCAUCACUCUACACGAUGAUUAAAAACUGGACCUGUCUCCAUCCAAAUCCCUCAAAGCUCUCUCUACCCCAACCCCCAGUCCAUUAUUCCUGACAAAAGGAAGGAGUCAGUUGUCACCCUUCCUGUGUCUUGUUCAAUCCUACAGAAAGGCUCCUCCCAGGCGGCCCUCUUCUGCAGAGGCUGGACAAGGUAAAGAGGUCUUCCUCUUCCCCAUCUUUAGGGGAGUCAGAUGAUCAGUCAGACUGCUCGGGAACAGCAAAGAGCCUGAUGGCCUCAAAGGCAAUGAUAGCUUUGAAUAGCACAAGAGUGGCCUGGACCAUCGACUUAGUUGGUGUCCCACUUUGUAAAGCACAAAUGGCCUGUUUUCCAA